UCCAAGUGAGGAUUACACAAAAAGAAUAAGUGGAUUUCAGGUAGAAUAGAGGUUGUAACCUUUCCCUCAUAUUAUUAGAUUGACCCAGUAGGAAUCGUUUGAAACAGGUUUGUGAGCAGGUACUGUUUGUUUUGGAUAUAAAAGAUUAAGAAGGUGUUUGGGGGCCUAAAAAGAUACCAUUUAAAAAGGAAACCCUUAGUCCUAUUUCAAUAGUGAAAGUGGUUAGUUCGAUACAAAAAAAAAAAAAAAAAAAACUUAAAAUGGCAUCAAAAGUUAAGUGCAACAUGUGUGAUAAGUCCGUUGACUUUUCAGAGUUUCAAUCUCAUUAUGAGAGAUGCUCUGAUUAUCGUAAUAAUGUGGUGUGUGAUCUUUGCUCUAAGUCCAUCGACUUAAUAGAGUUUGAUAGUCAUUAUGAAUCAUGCUUGGGACCUAGGAAUGCUUUUGAGAUUCUUGUGAGCAAAGGAUCUAAUUCAAGUGAUCUUCAAGGUCCUUCAACGUCAGGAGCUUCAAAACGGCCUCGAUUGGAUACUCCGAUGGAACUAAUGAUUAUUGACUGUUCAAUUUGCGGUGAAAGUUACCCUUCGUCUAGGGAAAGACGCCAUAUGAUGUCGGACAAACAUAAGAAUGCAAGAGCAGCUCAACUAGAGGAAAAUGAAAACGUUAUUUUAAUUUCAACGGAGUCGCGAUUUCCUUUAAAAUCAUAUCGUUUUCACUCAAAUAAAAGUGAACAGAUUGAUUUAAAAGAGUUUUUUCAUGAUUGCAAAAAUGAUAUUAUCAAUUUAUUGCGUCACUGCAUGAGUGAGUACAGAUCCAUAAAAUACAAUUUAAAAGUAUAUGGAUUAUACGUUAAAAACACUGAAGAUGAAAGCUUAACAGAAACAAUGAAGCAUUUCAUUACUCCAUACAAACCAAUAUAUGAAAACGAGCUGAUUGAUGAUCAUCUAAAUGAUACCAUAGAAAAUUUGAUAACUCUCAGCAGUGAAUUCCAGGAGAAGGAUUCAGGCUGGGCAAUAAAGUGUUUUAAAUAUUUUGAACUUACCAUGAUAAAACUAGAGCAUAUCGCUGCAAACAGGUUUAUCCAAGCUCCCAAAAAAAUUAAGUCACGAAAUGCACUCAUAAAUGUUAAAAAUGACGAUGAUUUUUGUUUCAAGUGGUGUGUUUUAGCAUCAUUGGCCUAUGAAAAACACCUUAAAACUAUAUAUCAAACAGCAGCAUUAAAAAAAAUUUCCCGAGAUAAGUUAACAAUACCAUCAUCCUAUCGAUGCGGAAACAUACGGCAAGACAUCAUUUAUUAUGAAGGAGUAAGAUUAAAUUUUUCCGGAAUUGAGUUUCCAAUAACAAGCAAAGGAAUCAAGCGAUUCGAAUCAGCAAAUGAGGAUUUUAGCAUCAAUGUUUAUGAAGUCGAUGAGAAUGGAAAAAACGUUGUGGGACCCACAGUGAGGACUAAGAAAAUUCGGACUCACCACAUAAACUUGAUUGGAAUUAAUAGUGAUAAUAUGCAAAUGAUGCAUUAUGCAUAUAUAACGUGCAUCAGAAAAUUAUGUUAUUCACAACAUAGUAAAUCCCAUAAUACUGCAUAUUUUUGCGAGAACUGCUUGCAAUUUUAUAGUACAACAAAUACUAUACAUGACACUAAAGAGUGUGGAAAAGUUGCUGCUUUGUAUCCUGAACCUAAUACCAAAACUGUAUUCAAAAGUUUUUCUAAAAAACUAUCUCCACCAGUAGUAAUUUAUGCUGACAUCGAAGCAGUUUUGGAAAAUUACCAUAUAAAUCUUAAUGAUCCAUCAAAAUCAUCAACUACUAUGGCACAGAGGCAUACAGCAUGUGCAGCAUCAUUUUAUAUUGUACAUAAAUACAAUGAACAUCUAAAUGAGAUGUGGACAUACGAAGGACCGGAUUGUAUCCAAAAAUUUUGUCAAGCACUUAGGAUGAAAACCGAUGGACUUUAUGAGAAGUACUGGAAGUCCUAUAAAAAACCAAUCUAUCAGUUUAACAUUUGGGAUGAGGAUUAUCAGGAACACGGUGAUUGCUAUGCCUGCGAAAAACAAAUUUCUGAUGAUGAUCGAGAAAAAUUCUUUGAUCAGCUUACAGGACAAUAUGUAGGUCCUAUUCAUAAGCUGUGUAAACAGACAUUUAGAUUAAGCGAUCCCUUUUCCCGGUAGUUUUUCAUAACUUGUCUCGUUAUGAUAUACAUUUAUUUGUUACGUCAAUAAAAGAUGAACUAAGACCCA